GGCGUUUACGUCCAGUAUCCGGACGGCUAAGAUGCGCGAGAGAUACCUUGAGCUCAUGGCUGGACUGGUUCGAGCCAGAAUAGCUUUAGGAAAGGGUCCCCACCAAGAUUUGUUUUCUUUUGUUGUUGAUGCCAAAGAUCCGGGCACUGGGAAGGAAUUCUCUGAGAACGAACUGUGGGCUGAGAGUCGAUUCCUUCUCAUAGCAGGUCAGUUGAUUUUAAUUUUUCAAUCUCUGAAAACCACUACCAUAAACCAAACAAAAUAAGCGCCGAUACAACUUCCACUGCUCUGACAGCAUUGUUCUUUUACCUCUUCCGAAACAAAGCUUGCGACGGGAAACUUGUAGCAGAAAUCCGAAAAACCUUUGACUCGGUCUCGGAAAUCCAAACGGGGCCAAGACUUGCACAAUGGCAUUAUCUGAGAGCAUGCACUGAUGAAUCGAUGAGGAUGUCACCACCUAUUAGCAGCACCCUCUGGCGUACGAUCAGUGCCGCAGAUGGCGUUUGGAUAGAUGGCAACUAUAUAUCUAAAGGUGUCGAUAUCGGAGUCUCCCCGUAUGCUUCUCAUCACAUUGGGGAGAUCUUUCCAGAUUCAUACAAAUUGAAGCCAGAUCGCUGGAUUGAAUCGCCGGAAAACAGCAGCGAAGCGGUCGAAAAAGCUCGAGCAGCAGUUGGUCCCUUCUCAAUUGGCACGAGAGCUUGUGCAGGCAGAACAAUGGCUUACACUGAAAUCAGUAAUACUAUAGCAAGAACACUUUGAGCCCUGGGUAUUGAGCCUACGGAGAGAUCACUGGGUAGGAUGGUUGAAGGGAUUGAGGGGUCUGGCAAAGGCUACGAUCGCACGGGAGAAUUUCAACUCAAGGAUCACAUCCCGUGUUGCAACAAUGGGCCAUACUUGGGGUUUCAAUUACGUCAAAAGCAGUCAUAAAUGUUUAGUUGCCGGUAGCUUCGGGGGAGAAUAAAUAGUGUCUAACUUUUUUAUUAUUUUGCGAGAGUUCUCUAUGCUCAUUGAUACGUUAGACCUUUGUCAUACGAACUAAUCCUUGACUUCAAAAGCAGUGAGACAAAAAUUAGGGCAUGUAUCUCCGUAAGUAGUGAGUUUAGAGGUGUAAGAUAUGAGGCAUGUUAAUACUUUGUUUAUUAUCUUGUUGUUUA